CUCUCUUGCACGCCUCCAGAGUGGAGCAGCUGGGGCCAGACAGGAGCUGUGCUGAGUGGGCCAGUCCUUAGCAACCCACGGCCUGGACGGGGCGUGGAACUGAGCAAGCAGAGACGCGGCGGCAGCGCUAGGCGCACCGCAAGUGCAGCAGACGCGCCCUCCUUUGCCUGCCGUUCCUGUGACCUGCGGUUUAGGUGGGAACCUGGGGCGGAGGAGUAAAUUGAGGAACCCACAGACCUGACUAGCACAGACAAACCUGUAGUCUUCAUGGUCCUUCCGCCUUCUGCUCUCUCCCUGGUCCGAUCCAUGCCUAAGAGCUGCGCUCCGGAGCUGGGGCGAAAGAGCCAUGGAGGAACCCGGCGCUCCGUGCGCCUCACCGCUCGCGGGUUCCCAGACCGCGGUCCUUCCAGCCAAUCUCUCCUCCGGCCACUCACACAACUGCAGCGCCGAAGGUUACAUCUACCAAGACUCCAUCGCCCUGCCCUGGAAAGUACUGCUGGUACUGCUGCUGGCGCUCUUCACCUUGGCCACCACGCUCUCCAACGCCUUUGUGUUCGCCACCGUGUACCGGACGCGGAAGCUGCACACCCCGGCGAAUUACCUGAUUGCCUCCCUGGCGGUCACCGAUUUGCUCGUGUCCAUCCUGGUGAUGCCCAUCAGCACCAUGUAUACGGUCACCGGGCGCUGGACACUGGGCCAGGUGGUCUGCGACCUCUGGCUGUCUUCGGAUAUCACCUGUUGCACCGCUUCCAUAAUGCACCUGUGUGUCAUCGCCCUCGACCGCUACUGGGCCAUCACGGACGCCGUGGAGUACUCGGCUAAACGGACUCCCAAGAGGGCGGCAAUCAUGAUUGCGCUGGUGUGGGUGUUCUCCAUCUGUAUCUCGCUGCCGCCCUUCUUUUGGCGUCAGGCCAAGGCCGAGGAAGAGGUAUCUGAGUGCCUAGUGAAUACCGAUCACGUCCUGUAUACUGUCUACUCCACGGUGGGCGCGUUCUAUUUACCCAGUCUGCUCCUCAUCGCCCUCUACGGUCGCAUCUACCUGGAAGCCCGCUCCCGGAUUUUGAAACAGACGCCUAACAGGACGGGCAAGCGGCUAACCCGAGCCCAGCUGAUAACCGACUCCCCUGGGUCCACGUCCUCGGUCACCUCAAUUAACUCGCGGGUUCCCGACGUGCCCAGCGAAUCCGGAUCCCCAGUGUACGUGAACCAAGUCAAAGUGCGCGUCUCCGACGCCUUGCUGGAAAAGAAGAAACUCAUGGCCGCUAGGGAGCGCAAAGCCACCAAGACCUUAGGGAUCAUUUUGGGAGUGUUUAUUGUCUGUUGGCUACCCUUCUUCAUCAUCUCCCUGGUGAUACCGAUUUGCCAGGAUGCCUGCUGGUUCCACAAGGCCAUCUUUGACUUCUUCACGUGGCUGGGUUAUGUCAACUCGCUCAUCAACCCUAUCAUCUAUACUAUGUCUAAUGAGGACUUCAAACAAGCGUUCCAAAAACUGGUACGCUUUAAGUGUGCAAGCUGACUUGUCUAUGGCAGUAGUGUCGCCUAGGCGACCUAUAGGAACCAAAUUGGGUCUGGUUCCUCAGGUAGGUUGAAUCUUCUUUCCCUGUUACUGGG